CGUAAACAAAGGCAUCAACAAACGCAUCGACAGAGGCGCAAACCACCACAACAACUCUCACACACACAGAGCUUCUCGCAGUUGACACAACAACCUCAAUUGCACACUCUCCAUUGAUACACAGACGAAGAGGCAACAGAAGAGGAAGGAGCCACAGCCGAGAUGUCUACACCAACAGUGAGGCUCUUGACACUAAACACCUGGGGACUCAAGUAUAUAUCCAAGUUCAGGAAUGAGCGGUUGAGAGCAAUAGCCAAUAGGUUGGCUGAUGAGCACGAGAAGUACGAUGUUGUGGCGUUACAGGAGGUGUGGGUGGAGGAGGACUGGGAGUACAUUGUGAAGAUGUGCAAGGAGUUCUUCCCCUAUCUGAGGAAGUUCAGUGCCGGUGUAGUUUCAGGCCCUGGGUUGGCUAUUUUGUCGAAGAUACCCAUUGAGUCGACUUUCCUCUAUAGAUUCCCCAUCAACGGGAGGCCGUCGGCUUUCUGGAGAGGUGAUUGGUUUGUCGGUAAGUCUGUUGCUGUGACGUUGCUACAGCCCGUGGAGGAUAACGUCCAUCCUCUAGCAAUAUUGAACUCCCACAUGCAUGCCCCGUACGCACGGACGGGGGAUGCUGCCUAUGAAUGCCAUAGAUCGUGUCAAGCUUGGGACUUUGCCAAGUUGUCCAAUCUGCUAUCGAGAUCCGGGUAUGCCGUUGUCAUCGUGGGAGAUUUGAACUCAAGACCUGGGUCUCUACCACACAAGUUUCUCACUUUGGAAACGACUUUAAUCGAUAGCUGGGAGCAGCUGAACGGUGUACAGGACUUGAAGAGAAUAGCAGCGUUGUCUCCAAGCUUACAAGUUGAAAUCGGAGGCACCACGUGUGAUUCGCUUUUAAACACUUGGAGAUCACAUUGCCAGCCAGAUGAGGCCUGCCGUUUGGACUACGCGUUGAUUGACGCCUCUAAGACCAAGACCAUAGACGCCAAAGUCGUGUUUACCGAGCAGGUUGAAGGGUUUGGCUCGUACUCGGAUCACUUUGGCUAUUCGUGCACGCUACAAAUCCUCAGAAAAGACUUCUAUAGACAACUGCACCGGUCCAAUUCGUUGACGGUGAACAGAGUCGCUUACUACAACGAGAUGCUAGACUUGAUAGACUCGUAUAAGAAAAUCGCCCAAUGGCAGAAGAAUUGGAGAUGUGCACAUUUCCUUCUAUCGCUAACCAUUGUCGUUGGCAUCCACGUCGCAACGACCUUCACAUCCAACGUUGCAGGUUGGUCCUCUGUAUUUUGGGUGUUCAGCUCCACAGUGAUAGGCAUAACGGGAACAGUCAACGGGAUCAUUGGCUUUAUCUUUGGCAAUUACGAGCUCAGAGCGUUGGACGAGGUUCGAAUGGAAGUUGAAGAUACAAAGGCCUCCAUCUCAACCAUCAACCUGAACUACCUGAAGAUGAACUGAAUCACACCCUGUGUUUGCUCGCUUGAGACUCUGAACACCAUGCUUAUAUAUACCCAUGUGUGUGUAUAUCGCAUAGAGACCCAUGAUCUAAUUAAUUAAUCUAAUGUCC